UGCAUAAUAUUAAUUUGAAUGAGAGUACAGUAACAAAAGUUAUUUAUCCUUCCAUGAUAUAAUCUAAUUAUGCAAGAACUUCCAAAUCCACCUGCAGAUCUAAAUUAUGCAUAACAAGAAAUGAAAAUCCUUGCUUUGCAUAGAACAUUAUAUUAUCAUUCCCAAAUUUUUCCACACCUCACUCUCACUCUCACACCAUAAUGGCCUUUGCCCCACAGUCAGUGUAGUGUGGCUUUCCUCCACCACUCAAUUCAUUGCCUUUUUAACGUGCUCUAACACCACCACCAUUUUAAUCUUCAAUAACACUACCUCCACCUCACAGCACAAAACCUGAUUUAGAAAUAUCAUAUUUUCAUUCUCUCACCACCCAUUAGGAACCCAAAAUCUCAUGCUCAAUGUUCCAAGCUGAAAACUACACACAUCACUGGAGAAAAAUUAUUCAGCUUCCGCAACUACAACGCAUUCUUCAUCCUCUUCCAUGCCAUUUCACAGCUUAACCUUUAAUUUCUUCCUUUAGGGUUCUGUUCUAUUAUCCCUCAGCUCUCAGCUCUCAGCUCUCAGCAUCAACGAUGACAAAAAUCACUUUUUGACAACAACCCCGCCAGAUUCAAACCAAACACCGCCCUAUGCAGGUCACAACAUUUACCUCCAAAAAACCACUCCCCAUUGUCUUCUCCUCCUUCACCUAUGCCUUCUAGGGUUUCCGAAGACAAACAUGAAUCCGAAACAGAACCACCCUACCCUAAAACGUUCGCCGCCGUCGACCCUCCAUUCCCAAAUUUAGUGACCAUGAAGAACGCCUUCCCCAUGAAACGCACCGUUCGACCACUCUUCGCGCUCGUCCUCCUACUCGUCUUCGUCGCCACCCUUACCUCACGCGCCAUGUUUCGCCGCCCCCUCCUCUCCAUCGAGCUCGAGACGCGCGUCCUCUUGAUCCACGCGCCCCCUCCUCCUCCUCCGCAGCUCAACGCCACGCUGCUCCGCCACGCCGCCAUCGAGAUCGGCGAGGACAAGGCCAAGCAGGAGAUCCAGCAGCUCCUCGAUGGUAACUUCGGCAGUCAGGCUCGCCACCGGACCUUCAUCUCGUGGCGGCGGAUCAUCCAUCACGACGUCGCCAGCGCCGGAGACAGAUCCUCCUCCCGGAGCACCAUUCCGGCGACGCUCCGUUCCCCUCUGUUCUACCGUUACUGGCUUGAUUUCCGUAAGGUCCUGAACGAUUGGGCGAGGAAGAAGCGAUUCCAAGCAAAUAUCAUGGAUGAGCUGAUUCGGUUGGUGAAAGCCCCCAUUGACAAGAAAAAGGGUAUCUUGGAUGGGAAUUUACGAAAAUACGGUUCUUGUGCGGUUGUGGGGAACAGCGGGAUCCUGUUGAAGAGUGAUUAUGGUAGGUUGAUUGAUUCGCAUGAUGCAGUGAUAAGGCUGAACAAUGCGAGGGUGAAUAACUUUGAGAACAAGGUUGGGAAGAAGACAACAAUAUCAUUUGUGAAUAGCAACAUUGUGCACCUGUGUGCCAGAAGAGUUGGGUGCUAUUGCCACCCUUAUGGCUCUCACAUCCCCAUUGUUAUGUAUAUUUGUCAGGCCGUCCACUUUCUGGAUUUCACUGUCUGCAAUGCUUCCCACAAGGCUCCCCUCUUGGUAACUGAUCCCAGGUUUGAUGUCUUGUGCGCAAGGAUUGUCAAGUACUAUUCAUUGAAGAGGUUUGUGGAGCAAAGUGGCAAGACCUUGGACGAGUGGGGCAGUGCCCAUGAUGGGGCUCUCUUCCAUUACUCUUCUGGAUUGCAGGCCGUCAUGCUUGCUCUCGGCAUUUGUGAUCAAGUUAGCAUCUUUGGAUUUGGUAAAUCAGCUUCUGCCAAACAUCAUUAUCAUACCAACCAGAAGGCUGAGCUCCAUUUGCACGAUUACGAGGCUGAGUAUCAGUUCUACCGCGACCUUGUCGAUCGCCACAACCCUAUACCAUUCCUCUCAGACAACUUCAACCUCCCCCCUGUUGUUUUAUAUCACUGACUCUUGCCUAUCUUUUUUAUGUGGUUCUUUCAUCAUGAUGUCUGAAAUUUUUUGUUGUCAUACUUGUAGUGAAAUGCAUAGAUAGUGGAAAGUUAAACAACGGUGACUCAAGGUUCAAAGUUUUGUAUUAUUGUCAAGUUUGUAAUCUCCCCCCAAAAAUUGUAGCCUUAAGGCAGCAGUAACAAGAACAAGUGUAAAUUUUUGUUAGAACAAGACACGCUUAAUGGUUAAACAUGCCAUCAUAUCUAUAACUUUUCUUCUUUCUCUAUCACCUGGUUUUCUUUUGUCCUUGGUCUAUUUCUUUUCCGUCCUUGAAUGAACCAAAUGAUUUCAUUCAAUAUGCUGGAUUGUGUGUUCCAUCAUUUAGAUUUUCAGACAACUAGGCAAAACUGGUGAGACAAACUGAAAAAUUAGGAACUAUUUAGCAAUAUUAUCCUCUCAUUAACUAUUUAGGAAUUAUAUAUAAGAUUUCAGUGGAAGCAUCCACGCGACAUUAAUUCAAAGAAGAAAAGAUCAUCUAGUCCUCCUUUUUGACAUAAUAUUCAGUUGAGAACUCGUUGCUUUAUAUUUCUAAGAGUAGUUAAAAACAUAAGAUACAUCACAGAAGGCGACUGUCCACUGCUCUAUAUAUACAUUAGAUCAAAAGUUCACAGCACUGCACUCCAAUAGUAACCUAAUCUGUUGCAGUCUGGUAUGUAAUGUACACCAAAAAAGAAAAAGAAAAAGA